ACUGAUUUGUUGAACAUUUUUUUUUUCUACGCCCUUUCUUUCUAAGACUCGAAUUAAAUACAUUAUUUUAAUGGCUAUACUGUAUUUGAUCUAAUUGGGAUUUGCAAUGUUAUAAAAACAUAAACGACUGUCUUCCCUUCGUCUUGUACAGUUAGUUAGCUAAUUUUCACUUGCAACUCACUAGCUCGUCGGGUGGUAUGUUGUUGGGUUGGGCGGAGAAGGCAACUAAACGUUGGCUAGUUUAGCAGGCUCGCCGGGUGGUUGGACUCAAUGAACGGGAUUGGUAACUGAAGAAAGCUGAAUUUACUAACGCAGAAUGCAUAAGGAAGAGGAGGUGGCCAAGCUGCAGAAGCACCUAGCCCUGCUGAGGCAGGAGUAUGUGAAGAUGCAGCAGAAGCUGGCUGACACAGAGAGGCGAUGUGCCGUGCUGGCUGCUCAAACCUCUGGCCAGGGCUCCACCAACACCUUCGGAACCGGGGCAGGAGACACUUUCAUCAGCCGUCUGCUUGACAUCGUGGCCCAGCUCUACCAGCAGGACCAGUACAGUGAUCUGAAGGUGACGGUUGGAGAGAUGACACUCAACGCUCACAAGUUUGUCCUGGCUGCUCGCAGUGAUGCCUGGAGCCUGGCCAACCUGGCCUCCACCUCAGAACUGGACCUGUCUGAUGCCAAACCGGAGGUUGCCAUGGCAAUGUUGCGCUGGGCCUACACAGACAACCUGGAGCUCAGCGAGGACGAUGCCUUCCUCAUCGACCUGAUGAAGCUGGCCAACCGCUUCCAGCUGCAGCUGCUCCGAGAGAGGUGCGAGAAAGGGGUGAUGUCAUCGGUGAACGUGAGAAACUGUAUCCGGUUCUACCAGACGGCCGAGGAGCUGGAUGCCACAACCCUCAUGAACUACUGUGGAGAGAUCAUCGCCAGCCACUGGGAUGACCUGAGGAAAGAGGACUUCAGCACUAUGAGUGCUCCGCUGCUCUACAAGAUGAUUAAGUCUAAAACGGAGUUCCCUCUUCACAAAGCCAUCAAGGUUGAGAGGGAAGACGUGGUCUUCCUCUACCUCAUUGAGAUGGACUCGCAGUUGCCUGGGAAGCUGAAUGAACUGGACAAUAAUGGGGACUUGGCCAUGGACCUGGCUCUGUCUGGUAAACUGGAGAGUAUCGCCACAACGCUGGUCAACAACAAGGCAGAUGUGGACAUGGUGGACCAGAGUGGUUGGAGCCUUCUGCACAAAGCCAUCCAAAGAGGUGACGAGUUUGCCUCGACUUUCCUGAUCCGCCACUCGGCCCAGGUGAACGCGGCCACGGUCGGCGCGGUGGAGACCCCUCUGCACCUGGUGUGUUCCUUCAGUCCCAGGAAGCACUCUGGGGACGUGAUGAGUGGCAUGGCCCACAUCGCUGAGGUUCUGCUCAAGACAGGGGCCAACCCCAACAUGCAGAACAGCAAAGGAAGAACUCCUUUGCAUGAAGCGGUGGUGUCGGGGAACGAGCCUGUGUUCAACCAGCUCCUGCAGUGCAAACAGAUGGACCUGGAGCUGAAGGACCAUGAGGGUAGCACAGCUCUGUGGCUGGCCCUGCAGUACAUCACCGUGUCCUCUGACCUCAACGUUAACCCCUUCGAGGACGAAGCUCUGGUGGUGGAGAACGGAACAUCGUUUGAUGAAAACAGCUUUGCAGCCCAGCUCAUGCAGAGAGGCAGUAACCCAGACGCACCAGACACCGCCUCAGAGAACUGUCUACUGCAGAGGGCAGCAGGUGCAGGCAAUGAGGCUGCCGCUCUCUUCCUGGCCACACAUGGGGCAAAGGUCAACCAUGCCAACAAAUGGGGUGAAACCCCUCUCCACACUGCGUGUCGUUGUGGUCUGGCGGACCUGACGGCAGAGCUGCUCCAACAGGGGGCUAACCCUAACCUGCAGACCCAGAAGGCCCUCCCCGAUGAGGCCCAGGGGGUGUCCCUACAGAGCCCCCUACACAUGGCCAUUGUACACAACCACCCUGAUGUGGUGUCAGUCAUCCUGGAGCAGAAAGCCAAUGCUCUUCAUGCCACCAACAACCUGCAGAUUAUCCCAGAUUUCAGCCUCCUAGACUCCAUGGACCAGACGGCGUUGGGUCUAGCCCUCUGGACAGGUAUGCACACCAUAGCAGCCCAGCUCCUGGGUUCUGGGGCAUCCAUCAACAACACCAUGUCCAACGGUCAGACCCUGCUCCACAUGGCCAUCCACAGACAGGACAGCAAGAGUGCUCUGUUCCUCCUGGAACACCAGGCUGACAUCAACGUGAGGACCCAGGAGGGAGAGACGGCGCUGCAGCUGGCCAUCAGUAAUCAGCUCCCCCUGGUGGUGGACGCCAUCUGCACGCGGGGGGCGGACAUGUCCGUGGUGGACAAGAGGGGGCACCCCCCUCUGUGGCUGGCCCUGGAGAAUGGCCUAGAGGACAUCGCCUCCACACUGGUCCGACACGGUUGUGAUGCCACCAGUUGGAGCUCUGGUCCCUCAGGCUGUCAGCAGACCCUCCUCCACAGGGCUGUGGAUGAGAACAACGAGGUCACCGCCUGUUUCCUCAUCCGCAGUGGUUGUGAUGUGAACAGCCCGCGGCGGCCAGGCCCUAACGGGGAGGGGGGUGAGGAGGCCAGGGACGGACAGUCACCCCUCCACCUGGCAGGCAGCUGGGGGCUGGAGGAGGUGGUACAGUGCCUUCUGGAGUUUGGAGCCAACGUCAACACACAGGACGCAGAGGGCCGAGCUUCAAUCCACGUUGCCAUUAGCAGCCAGCACAGCGUCAUCAUCCAGCUGCUCAUCUCCCACCCGGACAUCCGUCUGAACGUACGUGACCGCCAGGGCAUGACCCCCUUCGCCUGCGCCAUGACCCACAAGAACAACAAGGCUGCAGAGGCCAUCCUCAAGAGAGAGCCUGGGGCUGCCGAACAGGUGGACAACAAAGGGCGUAACUUCCUGCAUGUGGCGGUGCAGAACUCUGACAUCGAGAGUGUUCUGUUCCUGAUCAGUGUCCAGGCCAACGUGAACUCCCGUGUGCAGGACGCUGCCAAGCAGACCCCUCUACAUCUAGCUGUUCACGCUGCCUCCGAAAUGAUCGUCCGUAACCUGCUGCUGGCCGGGGCCAAAGUGAAUGAGCUGACCAAACACAGACAGACCGCUCUACACCUGGCAGCCCAGCAGGACCUGGCCACUAUCUGCUCUGUGCUGCUGGAAAACGGAGUGGACUUCACCGCUGUGGACGAGAAUGGCAACAAUGCUCUGCACCUGGCCGUAAUGCAGGGUCGGCUUAAUAAUGUGCGAGCCCUUCUCACAGAGUCCAACAUCGACGCAGAGACCUUCAAUCUCCGGGGCCAGUCACCGAUGCACGUCCUGGGGCAAUAUGGGAAAGAGAAUGCGGCGGCCAUCUUUGAGCUUUUCUUGGAGUGUAUGCCCGAGUACCCUCUGGACAAAGUGGACAAUGAAGGGAACACCGUUCUGUUGUUGGCCUACAUGAAGGGCAAUGCUAACCUGUGUCGUGCCAUUGUGAGGUCUGGUGCACGUAUGGGCCUCAACAACAACCAGGGAAUCAACAUCUUCAACUACCAAGUAGCCACCAAGCAGCUGCUCUUCCGCCUCCUAGAUAUGUUGUCCAAAGAGCCCCCGUGGUGUGAUGGAUCAAACUGUUAUGAAUGUGCUGCCAAGUUUGGAGUCACCACAAGGAAACAUCACUGCCGUCACUGCGGCCGCUUGCUCUGCCACAAGUGUUCUAUAAAAGAGAUCCCCAUCAUCAAGUUUGACCUGAACAAGCCUGUGAGGGUCUGUGAUGUCUGCUUCGACGUGCUGACUCUGGGUGGGGUGUCCUAAUGCAGUGGACAGCCUGCUCCUCCAUCCUUCUCUCCCUCCAUCUUCCCACCACCCCGACACCAUAGGCUGGGCAACAACAGGAGAUCGAGUGUCUCGGCAGUGGCAGCCAGGGAUAGUUAUAGGACAGAGUUACAGACAGACCACAACCUCUGUACUAUUCAUUCCAGUCUAUCAAAACAUGUUAGCUAAUGUUCCAACAGGACUUAAGAAGUAGAAUAUAAAAACAUUGUGCAUUUUUUUUUUAAAUCAAAUUAAUCACGUAGUGAAAAUUGGAUAAAAUGAAAGUAGCUUGGCUUGACUCAAUGACUCCUGGACUGGUUGGGGAGAGGUAGAUGUUAAUCGUAUUGUCAUGAUUUGACCCGAUAUCAUUCAUCAGGUGUUUGAAGGAAUCAUGAGAAUCAUUGAUAAACUUGUGACAGUGUUAGAUUGAAUCAUUGAUGAACAUGUAAUGGUGUCAGAUUGAAUCUGUGAUGGUGUCAGAUUUAAUCAGUGAUGAACAUGUAAUGGUGUCAGAUUGAAUCAUGAGAAUCAGUGAUGAAUCUGUAAUGGUGUCAGAUUUAAUCAGUGAUGAACAUGUAAUGGUGUCAGAUUGAAUCAUGAGAAUCAGUGAUGAAUGUGAUGGUGUCCUAACCUUGGUCUCGGUUGAGAGCAGACAGACAGCACGUGUGCAGCAGCCGACCUGGCCUACUCAUCAAAUGAACCCAUCACUGCACUGUGCUGGUGAGACAGGAAACAGCAGCCGAGCUUCCUGCCCUCUUAAGACCUGCCCUGCGUUACAAUCAGCUGACCUUUGUCCCGAAAUGUGCACUUGUUCACUUCCCUUCAUGGAUUCAGAAGAAAAAGGACUGGUGUAUUUUCUCUAUAACUGUUGGCUGUGUGGCUGGUUCUAUAUGAACAAGAGACGGGUUGGUUGGAUUUUAAGGGAAUGGAGUUGACUAUUUUUCAUAUACAAAAAAAUACAUCUAUUUGAAUUGAUGAUUCAAUGAUGGAAUUAUUGGAUUCAAAUGUUCAUGAAACACUAAUUGGGUUAAAUAUAUCGCUUAAUUAACUCUCAAUACUUAGUGAGACUGCUUUAAAAAAAAAAAAAUCUUUGAGAUUAUAUUCACAUGAUUUGAAAUGUAACGGAAUAAAACAACCUUAAGUGUUUCUUGACCACAAGGUAAAGGUUUAUAGCAUCGGUAAGUGGGACUAGGCACUCAACUAUCACGUGAGUUAUUUUCUAUCAGAACUGGACAGGCUGAGAACAUCUUUACCAUUGAGGAUUUGUUAGUCCCAAAAUGCAAAAUAAUUAUUGCUUUGAAAUUUUACUUAUGAUAAAAUACCUAUUAUGCUUAUGCAUGUCAUUUAAUUUGUAGCCUAAAACUUUUGUAUUGUCUUAUAAUAGUGUCUGUUUCCCAGACCACCACAGUGUACAUUCCAAGUCCAUGAAAUCUAGGUCUUUAGUAAGGUGGUGUUGUUGGGGGGUUUAUAUGUCACAUGCUCCAAUUGGUGUUGUCUUGACCUGCCAGGCUAGUUUCCCAGACCCAGAUUAAGAUGAGUCCAGGACAACGACAACAAAAAAAAGCACUUUCAAUGAACAUGUUCAGGCCUUUAGUCCAGAAAACCAGCCUGUAUGUUUUAAUGCGUCUGGAUUACAAAACCUAACAGGUGCACUUUAUCAAAGAUCACAUGACAUUUCUGACAUAAGGGGAGAGAAUGUGAGAGGAGUUGGUGGUGGCCAUUGGUCUACUAUAAGCAUUGUUAAAUUGUACAGAAAUGUAUAAUAUUUUUGACCACUACAACUGUUUUGUACUUAAUGCAGUUUGUGCUUUUUUGUUUGUGACAACUGAAAUGUUUGCCUCUGUUAAUCUUUUCUGAACGUUGUUCUCUCUCUGCGCAGAUAUCUAGCCCGUCUCUUCCAUGUCCUUUUUUUUUAGAGAAAAAGGGGAGGACAACUUUUCAUAAAGUUCAUCAAAAAUAAAACACAGAAUUUUGUUUUUCACUCUA